AGGAAAACUGUCGGCUAUUUGAAAUCGCUUUGCUUGUGUGUUGUUGUUUUUUUGCCAUUUUUACAACUUUUAUCCGCAAAUGGAGCUUUUUAACGAAAGUGAUACAUUUAAGAUGUACUUUUGCGAGAAUAGGUUAAAAACUUUUGAAGGGUGGCCAUUUGACGAAGACUGCGCCUGCACACCGGAAAACAUGGCAAAGGCUGGCUUCAUUUACACGCCUGUCGACAACAGCCCAGAUGCUGCCACGUGUUUCUUCUGCCUCAAGGAGUUGGAGGGCUGGGAGCCGGACGAUGACCCACAGAAAGAGCACAAAUCGCAUUCACCCUCGUGUCACUUCUUGGCCCUGAAGAAGAAAGUAGAGGAGCUGCCUUUGAACGAGUUCUUGAAGCUCCACCAGGCGAGGCACAAGCGCCUCAUCAGCAAAAACUGUAACGAGGCCGUCGACAAGUUUGAGGUGGCUGCAAGAUUGGUGAAAUCGGAAAUUCUCAAGAUGGAAAUGGGCAAAUAAGACAUUGGGGACGGCGUGGCGCAGUGGAAGAGUGGCCGUGCACAAGCCGAGGGUCCCUGGUUCAAUCCCCACCUAGUACCAACUUCGUCACGUCCGUUGUGUCCUGAGCAAGACACUUCACCCUUGCUCCUGAUGGGUCCUGGUUGGCGCCUUGCAUGGCAGCUCCCUCCAUCAGUGUGUGAAUGUGUGUGUGAAUGGGUAAAUGUGGAAGUAGUGUCAAAGCGCUUUGAGUACCUUGAA